UCUACGCCCUGCAAACACCCUGUGAUAGUGCUACAAGAUGUCGCGUGGACGGACCUCCACGCCCUGGUGGAGUUCAUCUACCACGGCGAAGUUAACGUACACCAGCGCUCCCUAUCCUCGUUCCUCAAGACGGCGGAAGUUCUCAGAGUCAGCGGACUCACACAACAGCACGGCGACGGCCGUGAUCAGUUGGCCCAAGUACAAAGUAUGGUUAGAUCUCAGCAGCAGCAGCAGCAGCAGCAGCAGCAGCAGCAGCAGCAACAACAGCAAUCAACGCCUUUGUCGAACCACCACCCCAGCUUCACCGAAAAGUUAGUAGAGGACGCCCUGUUCACGUCGCCGUCGUCGCCGCCGCACGGCGCGACGGUCAACCAGCUGCUGAGGCGGGCGGCCAUGCAGUACAGGCGGGAGCGGAGGAUAUCCUCGGACCCGGACAGCGAACACAAGAGGGCCAGAUCGGAACACAUCAUAGGAAACAACAACAAUAACGAAUUGAACUUGUCGCACACGCAGCCCCCGCAGACGCAGCCGGCGGACUUCUCUCCCAGCGCCAUGAAGAAUAGUGCACUUAAUCUUAAUCUGAAUUCCACGAUGAAGAGUGACCCAGAAG